UCAAUUCAAUUUCUAUUUCUGUUACGUAUCACUUGAAAAUAUUGAAACUGUUGUAGCAAACAGCGAGUAUAAACAAAGAACGAACGAGAAGAGCAUCUCACCGCUUCUGAUUCUAUUGAAACAUUGAUCGGUUGGUCACUAGACGGUGGAUAGUGUUCAACAGAUUCUUUCGAUUUUUCAUUUCAUUGAAUUGACUUUGUUAUUGCGAUCAGUGUCAAAUUAUGGCUAAAUUAGUUUCUAUUUUCUUCUUCUGCAUUUUGUGUUCGGUGGGAUUUGCUUCAAUUAAGUACGAGCAUAUUAGUAGCUGGGAUCGUAAUUAUUACGAGCGUUGUAUUUCUUGCCGAACUAUUACCUUCACGUGUGGUGUAAAUAAUAGCGAUGACGCAGCGAUAAAUCAAAAUUGGACUAGCGAAUACUACGAACAUAUUUCUUUCGUUAACUGUAAAUUUACUGAUAUCCUCAGCAGCAUUAUUGCAAUGUUUAACAGUAUCCGCUCACUCAACAUAACCGAUGUCGAAUUAUACACACUGCAACCAAAAGUGUUGUCGAAUCUCACUAAACUGGAAAAAUUGAUGGCGAGCAACAAUCGACUCACCGAACUUCCACCGAAGCUUUUCGUGAAUACAACGCAGAUUGCCAACGUAGACUUCUCCAAAAACGCUAUAAAACGCAUCGACCCACUAACUUUUGAGAAUGUAACCAGUCUUCAAACACUUAAUUUGUCGAACAAUCAACUCGAUCGCAUAGAACCAAUUUGCCUCGAUCACCCGAAAUUACGGGAGUUGGAUCUAUCAAACAACCAUUUAUCGUUUGUAGAAAAGAAUGUUUUUGAUAAAUUGGCGAAUUUGUUGAAGUUGAAUUUGUCGAACAAUAAUUUGUCGCCUUUAGAGGACGGGCUGUUCGAUAAGAUGACGGCAUUGACGCACCUAGACCUAGCUUCCAAUCGCAUCGGCAAUCUGCACGUUGGUAUCUUUUCGCAAUUGGCCAACUUAGAAUAUUUGUCCUUACGGGGAACAAACAUCUCAAGCAUCGAACUGGGCACAUUUUCGUACCAACACAAGUUGAUUUCAUUGGAUUUGUCCGACAACCAAAUAACAGAGUUCGAUUUCGAUCUGUUCUUUCCCAUCGUGCAUGAUCUACGGUCACUUUAUCUAAGUCAAAAUCGGUUGCAACAUUUGAAUGGAUUCCGAAAUGCAAUAUUUCCUAGCUUAGUGUUACUGGACAUCCAAAACAAUUCAUUCAACUGCUCGUAUUUAAAAUACUUUUUCGGACUCGUCAACUGGGAUAAAAUUCGUCUUGCCGUCGACCCUUCAUCGACCCAACCACGUAAAUCAAACAUUCGGGGAAUUAACUGUGAAGCCUCUUCGACGUCAGAAGCAUACAUCAAUGAGUAUUCAACCGUUCAAAAGACCGAGAUGCAAAACAGCUUGAAUGAUAAUCUUAUCCGUUUAAUCGUCAAGUCAAGUGAUGAAGCCUUCGGCGUGAAAGUGAUUCUAUUUCUAGUUCUUACGGUCAUUGCGACCUGUGGAGCGAUGUAUUUGCUGGUGAAUCGAAACCGACUCUUCAAUUCGAACCGUUAUCACCGUGGGGUCGGCGAACAAGAUGCAUCAUCAGAUCCAAUGGUGAAAUAUUCAAGUGAUGGUGUGUUACUGAUGGAAUGACUUCCUUCUUCAUUUUUACGUUGUGCUUGGACAUGGACAUGUAACAAAAAUUGUAACCUAAUUAUCGAAAGUAGACAAACAGUUCAUGUCAGUUGAUU